AUGGAGAACUUGGAAACUGGCUUGUCUGCUGGGGAGCAACGCAUCUUUUUUAUCGCAAUGACUUGUACCACCGAUGGCUUAGCCGGCAUCAAGGUCAAUUAUGAUCUGCUUGCUGAGAAGGCUGGCCUCAAAAAUGCCGCCUGUGCUUCCGUCCUUUACGGCAAAGCCAGGCGCAAGUUGCUGGAAGCCACUCGGGGGGCAGGGUCUACUUCGACUCCCAACGCCAAUGGCACGGAUCCCACUACGCCAGCAAAGGCAAACAAAGUCACCAAACGUACCCCAAAAUCAUCCUCUCGCGGGAAGAACGCGGCCACCAAAGCCGCUAUCGCCGCAGCCACUCUUGAAGUCGAGGAGACUCCCACUAAGGCCCGAAAAAUCAAGAACGAGACCCAUUACGAUGUGGACAUGACUGGCAUGAUGCGCGCUGACGUGGGGUUCAAACAGGAGAAGGGUAACGGCGGCUUCGCACGCAUUAAAUCUGAGUUUGCCAAUGGUCUCGCCAAUGAGAUGAUUGAAGGCACGUCCUAUCCCCGCUCUGAGCUCGAAUGGUCUUUUUUUGAGCAGUCAUUGUGGCAUGUCGAGACUUACAAAAGUGAAAGUGAAGACGGGUCCGACACAACCUGA